AUGUUGCGCUCUAAGAUAACAAAAGCAACCGCUCUCGCACAUCUCCGACCAACAUCAAGUAUCCCACUGCGUCGCUACCCCCCAAUUUUCCAACCAAAACGCCUCCUCUUAGAGAAUAGACCCUCCACGCCAGACGAACAAGUUGAUCUCCUCAUAAUCGGCUCCGGCGCAGACGAUCUAACAGCAGCCCUCCGCGCCAGAACCCUCGGCCUCAACCCAGUCAUCAUCGAAAAGGAAGCAACACUGGGCGGCGCGUCCGUCAUCUCAGGCAUAGCCGACUCCAAGGAAGAUGCCCUUGCGUACUUUGAUCAAGCUGUCGGGGACGUCAGGCCCGUCUCGUCGCUGGCGAAGCGGAAGGCGUAUUUGGAUAAUGGGCCACGGACGGUUAGCUUUCUGAGGGAUCUUGGGUUUGAAUGGAGGUUUAGUAGGGGGUAUCCGGAUUACUACCCCAAGAUGAAGGGCGCCAUGGGGAAAGGAGGCGGGAGGACUAUUGAGUCUAUGGCUUUUGAUACCAGGAAGCUGGGGAAAUGGCAAAAUGCACUACCGCCUGCGAAUAUACCGGUAGCAAUCCACGGUGAACUGGCGCCAUGGAUCACGAUGAUGACAGCCUCGUUACAAGCUUUCAUCAAAUCGACUCGCAUCAUGCUACCCAUCAUCGGCAAAACCAUUCUCGGACAGAAAAUCGUCAGCCUAGGCCGCGGACUCAUCGCCCAGCUUCUACAUCUCAAUAUCAAACACUCAACCGACAUCCGUCUACGCACAUCCCUCCUGGACCUCACACUCUCCCAAGCAGGAAAGGUAACAGGCGCAAAGGUCAAACUCCCCGACGGAACCACCAAAACCAUCACAGCCUCCCGCGGCGUGAUCCUCGCAGCAGGCGGCUUCGCGCACAACACACUCCUCCGCGAAAAGUACGGUCCAACCCCAGCCAGCACGGCAUGGACCAACUCUCCCAAGAGCGACACAGGCGACGCGGUCAUUGCAGGACAGAAGCUAGGCGCAGCGACGGCGUUAAUGGACGAUGCGUGGUGGGGACCGACAAUCUUCGAUCUCGUGACGGGGAAACCUCACUUUGCGCUUACAGAGCGGUAUCGACCGCACUGUAUCAUUGUCGAUGCCGCAGGGAAGAGGUUCAUGAAUGAGGCGCAGCCGUAUACAGAUGCUGGACACGACCAAUACGAGAGGAAUAAGUCUGUGAAGGCUAUUCCUGCUUGGUCGAUCAUGGAUACCAACCACCGGAACAGAUACAUGCUCGGCACCCAGCUGUUCGCAAGGAUGAAGCCUAAAAAGCCGGUUGCGAAUGGUACCAUGUUCGCGGCAAACACCCUCAGAGACUUGGCGCAGCAGAUUGGAAUCGACGCUGAAGGUCUGGAAGGUACCGUCACGAGGUACAAUGACAUGUGCAAGACAGGCGUCGAUGCAGACUUUGGAAAAGGCGACAACGCAUAUGAUAACUUCUUUGGUGAUCCUGCCGCUGGCGGACCGAACCCCAACAUGGGAGCUUUGGGCAAAGCACCGUUCUAUGCUAUCGCGAUCUGGCCGGGUGAUUUGGGAACCAAGGGGGGGACUGCUGACUGA